UGCACGCGUAGAACCGUCUCACCCGUCACGACAGAGCAGCCUGCUCCUGUGUGAAGCAACGAGCCGCGCACAGAGAGAGAUACAAAGAGAGGUAAGGAGGAGAGGAGGAGGGAGGCAGAGCAAGAAAAAGAAGAGGUGAAGAGCGCAUACAUCGCUGCCACUCUGACGUCUCCUCUCAUGCGCCUGUUUGGGCUGGUGUGAACGCAAGAAGAGGAGAGAAGGAAAGGGAGGAAAAUAAACCCUGGGAGGCUGUGUCCUCUCUUUGCUUUAAAUUCCCUUCUUUCUUUUUUUUUUAAUCUCCAUCAAUCCAAGGCAUGAAGGCGGGUGUCAGCUGGCACGGCAGAAUAAAAGAAAGGGAUGCUUUGAAUGGUGCCUCUCUUUCGACAAGGGACAAGGAAGAGGAAGUGGGGAACAACACACACAAGGGACAAAAACAGGAUUUCUAGAAUGAAUGGGAGUCCUUCUGCCGCAUGUGCUGGGAAUAGCAGACUCACACUGAAGUCUCUGAAUGAGCCCUGAGGACGUGAAACUGUUGGGACAGUUUGGAUGUGACACAGCUUCCACUGCAUUGAACCAGCUUCAGCUGCACACAUCUCUACUCUCCAGACGGCAUCAAUCAAGACAGGCUUAAGACGAAGCAUCUGACACGAAGAAGAAAAAACACACUGGAGGAGGGGCCUCUGUAUGCUGCAGAGAGGCUGAGGACUGCUUGUCUGGACUGUUGCCUGUCUGCGUGAGUAGACACAGCUGAAGAAAAGGAAAAAGAAAUGGUCAGCUUAGGUGUCAUGGAGGAUGUCACCACUACGUAACUCCUCCAGUAUGCAGUGCGGUCUUCCCAGCUGUGCAUCGCCAGUGGUGCCAUGAUCCAGUUAUAGCUGUGGGUAAUGCCGAGCCAAAUAACCAAUCCUGGAAAUGCCGAAGAGAAGAGAUAUUCUUGCCAUCGUGUUGAUCGUGUUACCCUGGACUCUGCUCAUCACUGUUUGGCACCAAAGUGCUAUAGCUCCACUCCUUGCUAAGGAUGAUGGUGGUGUUGAGGGCAAGAGGGAGGCAGGUGGCCAGGCGCAGGAUUCUAAGGAAUACUGUGAUAAGGACAUUGUGGAGGUGGUGAGGACAGAGUAUGUGUACACACGACCUCCACCCUGGUCCGAUGUGCUGCCUACCAUCCACAUUAUCACCCCCACAUAUGGUCGACCAGUGCAGAAGGCAGAGCUGACGCGGCUGGCAAACACUUUCCUCCAUGUUCCAAACCUGCAUUGGAUCCUGGUGGAGGACUCACAAAGGAGAACGCCUCUUGUCACACGACUCCUCCGAGAAACAGGACUUAACUACACCCACCUCAAUGUAGAGACGCCUAGGAACUACAAGCUUCGGGGUGACACUCGGGACCCCAGAAUCCCCAGGGGGACCAUGCAGAGGAAUCUGGCGCUGCGAUGGCUAAGGGAGACUUUUAACGUCAACAGCACCCAAUCUGGAAUUGUCUACUUUGCUGACGAUGACAACACAUACAGCCUGGAGCUGUUUGAGGAGAUGAGAUCGACUCGGAAAGUUUCUGUGUGGCCUGUGGCCUUUGUGGGCGGCUUGCGAUAUGAGUCCCCCAAGGUCAAUGCAGCUGGAAAGGUCUACGGCUGGAAGACAGUGUUCGACCCCCAUCGGCCCUUUGCCAUCGACAUGGCUGGCUUUGCCAUCAACCUGAGGCUCAUCCUCUUCAAGCCACAGGCGUACUUUAAGCUUCGUGGGGUGAAGGGAGGCUACCAGGAGAGUAGUUUACUCCGGGAACUUGUCACACUCAACGACCUGGAGCCUAAAGCAGCCAACUGCACUAAGAUACUUGUUUGGCACACGAGAACAGAGAAACCUGUCCUUGUGAACGAGGGGAAAAAAGGAUUCACAGACCCCAAUGUGGAGAUUUGACAGUUCCCCUCACACCACGGUGAUUGGGCCUGUGAAGGAAGAAAAUGACCGGGUCUCUUGAUAAGUGCAACCAGCGCUCAUGUCUUAAUCAUCAGAAAAAAAAAGAACUGGGGGGGCCUUUGAAAGGAGAUUUAAUCCGCUUGACCCCAAGUGACAUUUCCUAACUAUGGAAUAAAACAGUAUAAAUGUAUCAUAUUAAAGCACAGAUUAGUGAGAGUUGGCAGUUGUUUGUCAGGUCUGUGCCUCAAGUGCAGAGCAGACAACAUAAAGGAUAUCAUAUGGUCAGUAUGGACAGAUGUGACCUGCACCUUCACAGCUUGAAGAGGACCUAACAAAGAAGAGACAGCACAAUAUGAAAAGCAUACAGCCAGCAGAUUCAAACAAACAAACCAAAAAAAAAAACAAAAAAAAAAAAACCUGAGGAAAUAAAAAGCAUAUUGUCUGGAUCUGCAAACGCUACAAGAGGAAAAUUCCUCUUGGAUUUAAGGACAUGACCUACAUCAUCAGCCUGGAGAAAAACAAGACUCCAAGGACUAAUCUGUCUUGUGUGGAUUUUCCUUUGUGCAAACACAAACAUAGAAAGGGAAGGAAUGUUCUUUUGAUAAAUAUGAAAUGUCUGGUUUAAUUUAAUUGCUUUUGGGUGUUUUACAACAUGACUUGCUAGUUCAAUUCUGCUGACUCUUACCCACAUUUAAUGUUGGGUAAUCAUUGUUCAUUUUAUAGCGUCACUAUAACUCAUGCAUUUAAGCCACCCCAUACACUUAAAGAAAAAAAAGCUCUUUGAAACAUAUCCCUUGUUGUGCUUGGGAGAUGAAGCGUACAAGUCCUAACACUCUUUUAAGCACUGAAGAAAAAAAACCCACAAAUGUUGUUCCUUUGUGGCAACAUGUGUAAAUAGUAAUUCAACAUGAGAACAAUCAGAGGAUUAGUGACAUAUUUUGACGAAAGUGUUGUAAUUACUGUAUUUAUACAUUUAAAAAAGUCCCCCCCCCCCAGGCGAAUUCCUUACAAUGACACACUACAAGGCACAGGUUCAGUCUAGGUUCACCACAUGGGAAGAGUAAUAGCACAUCAAUAACUUAAUUUGAUAAUGCAAACACCACUUCCAUAACACAUAGACAGGAGCUUCAUAUCACCUCCAUGGUAAACUCAUGAACGCUGACCUAACUGCCAAGUAAGCUUUCACUAAAAACAUCAUUUAUGGCAUUGCAGCAGAAACAGUGUGUCAUUAUAUGUGAGUUAGGAUUCCGCCCUUGCUAUGCACGCUCAUAUGUACACAAGCCGCCCGUUAACAAAAGUCAGCUCUGUGCAAGAACAGAAAAGGAGAAGAAUGAAUCAUCUUCAAAACUCAAGAAUUCAGUUUUACUAAGCUUGUCAGUCAUUCACCUCUUAAGAAAAAAAAAAAUAAAUUAAAAAAUCUUUACUGUGAUGUGAAGGAGACAGAAUUCCCCAAAAUAUACAUUUUGAAGCUCUUCUGUUGACUUUUAAUAACACGCGCCUUCAAACAGUCGCUGUAAGUUAUGAAUAACAGAUUAAAAUAAUUUAUGCAUGGCCCCAAACAAUUUGUUUUUUUCUAAACAUCUCUGGCUUACAUCUAUGAAAUGAUAAUACUAAAUGAUACUGCUACUCUGAAUUGACAACAAGCUAAAGAAAAGCACAAGAAAAAGAAAUCUUAUUUUUGCUAAUGACUGGGUAGCGACGUUGUCACGCCAUCUUCAGUAUUGUGAACUGAUGUCAGUAUCUCACGGUUUCUUUUAGUAUUAGUAUCACCUGUUGUACGUUAACUGGAUCACAGGAGGGAGCCGCAGCACCUCUAGACAUCAGUAGCUAUGACGCUGUACUGUUGAACACUGUAACAAAGCUAUUCUACACCUCAUAUAAUAGAAUCUCUCCUACACCUGAUAAAUCAUCCGUCUAGCGCAAUACACAGUGGUGGUUCUUAUCUAACGUUGCAGAAGUAGCUGGAGAUAAUUUAAACACUGAGCCUUUGUACUGUUGCUAGAUUAUCUCAAUGCACACCCCGUCGACACACACAACCCAAAAUACACUGCUGCAGUAUGACAACUUACAAAGACGUUAAAACCUCUCGGGCGCAUCAGCUGGAGAAAGCGUGCUAUUACAUAUUUCACUUGGAAUAUGAUAAGAUACACUUUCAGACAACGGCUGUGUUGUAUAUCUCAUCAAACUGGCUGUUUUCAUUGAUGAUGCAUGAUAUUGCACUGCACAGGGAUCGGCCAUGGAGAUCACAGACUGUCUUAGGAUUUGUUCUAUUCUUCAACUUGCCUCCCAUUAUUUAUUAGAAAUCAAAUUUAAUAUAUUAAUUUAUGUAUUUAUUUUAAGUGUGGAUGUGCAACUGAAUCGCAGCAAUGAUUUUCCAACUGCUUUCUAAAAAAAAGCAUGUGCAUAUAAAGUAUAUUGUACACAUUUCAUAUUGAUCAGAGUUAAGUGCUACCAACAGGCAGAUGCAUACACGUACACAUCUUCUUUCCAGCAUUGCUGUUUAAUCUUCUUGAGUGGUCAUUAUCAGCUUUUAAUCAAAAUGAAUGACCUGAAAUGUUUUUAGCACUGAAACAAAUACAAAGCUGUAUUCCAAAAUGGAAAAAUGCAAGUGUGUGAAAUACUUAAUUUGGAUUCUAUCCUUGAAAAAAAAUGCAGAACUUGUUUUUAUCUUGUGCUAACAAGUUUUCCUGAAAUUGACUAUGUUGCAUAUCAUUUGUGGUGUAUCCUGACGCAGCAGAACAAUUCAAAGGGCUUCACCUUGAAAGUGAUGUUGUUGCAUCCGAUUUGAAAUUUUCCAACAGAUGACGUAUUAAGCAAUAUCUAACAGUCACAGAGAAUUCUCCUAGAUGUCUACUAGAACCAACCUACCUAUUCAUCAAGUUUAGCAGUACAGGUUAAUGUCAGUUAAUGAGCAUUAUCCUUUGAGGGCUUCUCUAAGGCACAAUACACUGAACUCACAAGUCCUAUCUUUUCCUCAUCUCCAGUCUCCUUCCAGCCUCAUGUGAUUCACAUUUUAUGCAUGUGACUCUUAAGGUUGUUUAUUUGCCACAGCAAUUCUGUCUCAGAGAAAGAUGUUAGUUGAAUCAAGAGAAAUAAAUAACUGAGAAGA